AUGUAUUCUGGCGAAGUAACCGGUGGAAAACUUUCACAAAAGACCAAAUACGUAGUCGUCUGUUUUCUGAGCGGCGGUGGUGUCAUAGAUUUGGAGAUAUCAGAAAACAUACAAAUUCGAACAGUCAUGGAAGUACGGUCACUGCACUUCGACGGUUUUCUCUUUACUUUUCUUAGAAACUCCAGUCGUACUCAGCGAUUCGCACAUAUUUUUGACAACAACGGAAAGUAUUAUAAUACUUUUGAACUACCAUCAGAUUAUAUCUUGUCUGGGUCUCAAUUACCUAUGGAUCUACUAUCAAACAAUACUUUGUGGACCGUAAUAUCAAGUAUCCGAGACAACAAAUCAACCAAACCAGCAACAAUUGUUCCUCUGGAAGGCACGUCGAAUCCACCGACCUUGCGACAGAUAGUUUCUGGACAAAUAUAUGAUCAUGUAAAAAUUGAAGGCAAUUCAACACGCGGUCAGAAUGCACCAUUCCAUAAGUGGUUAAGUCAAUUUACACAGCUUGCAGCCAGUUUUACUCUACUUGCUACUGCUGAUAUAGAGAUGCUUUCAAUUUUGUCUUCACGAAUUAUUGGACUUCCUAUGUUUGACGCUCCUGUUUCGGAUUUUGUUCAUUUUUGGGUCUUAAUCGGGACUUGCAUCUCAUUCUUUAUUGAGGAUGCACCGCAAUUCGUCACUCAGAACAAUGUUCACAAUAACGGCAACGGAAACAACAGCGAUAAUAAUGGGAACAACAAGGGGAAUUGCAAUAAUUGGUUUUGUUCCAUCAUGGAACUUAUGCCUAUAUAUUAUAUUAUUUUGUCAUCACAAGCAACAGGAGAUAACGGAAACCACAACGGAAAUGGAAAUGCCAUGCAAAAGUCUCCAAACGAACCAUUAUGCGUUUAA